GGGCGUGCAGUCACGGUGUCACGUGAGUCUACAAGAAGCUCCUCUGUAAUAUUGUCCAUAGCAGAUAAAGCCAUCUGCAACGUACAUACGAAGUCGGGCCUUUGUGUUAAACACUUUACCUUCACCUGAUACCAGGCUCCGAAGCAUCAUGGGGGCCCAAUCGCCGAAAGAGAUGAUCCUGUGCAUCGAGGAUAUCAAAUCCGCCGCGGGGCAGAAGCUACCCGCAUCAUCCAGAGAUUUCUACAAUGCAGGCUCGACGGACCAAGUCACCGUCACGGAGAAUUCCACCGCCUAUGCGAAGUACCGUCUGCGUCCGCGGGUACUCGUGGACGUCUCCCAGGCAGACACGAGCACCACCGUGUUCGGAGAGAAGAUCAGCUUUCCGCUAUGUGUAGCGCCGGCGGGCAUCCAGGCAAUGGCACAUCCAGAUGGUGAACUGGCGACCAGUCGCGCGUGUGCGAAACAACAGGUCCACAUGGGUGUUUCGUCGUUCGCAAAUUAUUCUGUGGAGGAGAUCCGCGCGGCGGGGAUGGACGUCGGACCGAUACAGCACACCAUGCAGAUUUAUACCAUGCAAGAUCGAGCACACCAGGAGCGCAUUAUCAGACGUGCCGAAGCGGCGGGUUGCGUCGCGAUCUUCUUAACGGCGGACAGUCCGAUUCUUGGCGUGCGGUACAGUGAGCAUCGGAAUGAUUUCCGAGCGCCCGAAGGCCUCGCCUUUCCCAUGCUGGAGAAGACAUCGGAGAUGAUUCGUGCUGAGCGACACGAGGAUGGGUUCACGGGAGUCAAUUCAAGCUCGCAUUCAUGGGCUCGGGAAAUCCCCUGGCUCAGAAGCGUGACCAAAAUGCAGAUCUGGAUCAAGGGCGUGCUCACGGCGGAGGACGUGGAGCUUGCCAUCCAGUACGGUUGUGACGGAGUCGUCGUGAGUAAUCAUGGCGGCAGACAGCUUGACGGCACUCCGGCCACGAUUGAUGCCCUUCCGGAGUGUGCGAAAGCUGCGAAGGGUAAGAUCCGAGUACACAUCGACGGGGGGAUCCGCAACGGAACGGAUAUUUUCAAAGCCCUGGCGCUUGGUGCGGAAUGCUGCUGGAUUGGGCGGCCGAUCAUCUGGGGUCUUGCAUAUGACGGAGAGGCCGGGGCGAGUAAAGUGCUGGAGAUUCUAUAUGCGGAGUUCAAACGCUGCAUGCAGCUCACGGGCUGUAAGAGCGUAGCGGAUAUUUCUCCGGCUUCGCUGGGCGUCGUGAGAAGUGAUGGGCCAUUAGCCCGGUUGUAACCUUUGCCGCCCAUUCGCAGUUUUGUCCUUCAGUUCCCUGUCAUUCCUGUGCAUUUUUGGUACUGUUCCAUUGUUCAGUUGCAUAAUACGGAGUACUUGUGGCUAUGUUCAAGACCAGAUAGAUCGCAAUUUGAAAAGGGGAGUGCGUUGACGGAUGCGGAAGUCCCGAGAG